GACUUUUAUCAUCUUUCCUUCAUAUUGGUGCCUAGCAAGAAAAGAAGAAAAAGAAUUUCUACACCAUAUUUUCUCCAUAUAAGAUUGUUUUACUGAAGAAGAAAAAAAAUGCCCGACGAGGAGACUGCAACCCCAACGGCAUCGGCACCGGCAACUCCGGGAACGCCAGGUGGACCGCUGUUCAAUUCCAUGAGGGUGGAUUCACUGUCAUAUGAUCGGAAGUCAAUGCCUCGAUGCAAAUGCUUUCCGGUGACUGCCCCAACGUGGGGUCAACCUCACACAUGCUUCACCGACUUCCCUGCACCUGACGUAUCCCUUACCCGAAAGCUGGGGGCAGAAUUUGUGGGAACCUUCAUCCUAAUUUUUGCGGCAACAGCGGGACCUAUAGUGAACCAAAAGUAUUCGGGAGCCGAAACACUGCUCGGAAACGCCGCAUGCGCAGGCCUGGCCGUGAUGAUAAUAAUUUUAUCCACCGGACACAUCUCUGGGGCUCAUCUUAACCCUUCCCUCACCAUUGCAUUUGCCGCCUGCCGUCAUUUCCCCUGGACUCAGGUUCCAGCCUACAUAGCAGCUCAAGUUUCGGCUUCAAUUUGCGCUUCUUUCGCUCUAAAGGGAGUCUUCCAUCCCUUCAUGUCUGGUGGCGUUACUGUCCCCUCCGUCAGCCAUGGACAAGCUUUCGCACUCGAGUUCCUCAUUACUUUUAAUCUUCUCUUCGUCGUCACCGCCGUUGCCACCGACACCCGCGCCGUGGGAGAGCUGGCUGGAAUAGCUGUUGGGGCGACUGUAAUGCUCAACAUUCUUGUUGCUGGGCCAAGUAGUGGGGGUUCAAUGAAUCCGGUGAGGACACUGGGGCCGGCUGUAGCAGCAGGGAAUUAUAGGGCAUUGUGGAUUUACUUGAUAGCGCCCACACUGGGUGCUGUGAUCGGUUCUGCCACCUACACUUUGGUGAAGCUCCGCGAAGAUGAGGUCGACGCACCACGGCAGGUCAGGAGUUUUCGACGCUAGGUAAUAUGGAGCCCACGAAAUUAUGACAUCGUUGAAAAUGGAAGGGGCAAAAAAAGUUUGUUUUUCUUCUCCUAAUGUCUCUCUAUGAAAUGAAACCAUACACAUCGUUGUUCGUUUGUUUGUUUGAUUGUGUGGGGUAAAGAUAAGAUAGCUUUUGGGAAUAAUAGGCGAUGUGACCUUAAGUCCACGACCUACAGUACUUUACUUGAAUAAUGUUGUGCUUUGCUCUUUUCUGUUUGGGAUUUGCUUUGUCUGUUUUAAUCAUGUACCACUAUGGAACUUGGGUUUGAUUUGUAAUUUCCUUACUGAUCUGUAUUAUGAAUAAUGAAGUUUAUGUGUAAUACUGUUCAUUUAA